AUGGCGAGCUUUGAAGCCUACACCAAAACUCACCCUGAAAGACUGCCCGACUUCGACCCUUUCACGCAGAGCUUCAACUUGAGCUAUCCAGAUGGCCACACAUUCACCGUGUCCGUGACCGAUGUGGAUGUCUUCAUACAGUACAAUGUCCGAAUCUGCAUCAACUACGGGUCCCAAUUCGGCGCCUCGAUCGUGCUCUUCGUGAUCCUCCUGCUUCUGACCCGACGUGAGAAGCGCGCAUCGUCCGUAUUCCUCCUCAACUCCUUUGCCUUGCUUUUCAACAUCAUCCGGCUACUUCUACAGUUGAUUCAUUUCACCACCGGAUUCGAGCACUUCUACCCAUACUUCUCCCUGGACUACUCGAACGUGCCGCGCAGUGCAUAUGCCAUCUCCAUUACGGGCAGUGUCUUCGAAUCGCUUGUUGUGGCAUUCAUCGAGGCAUCGCUGGUAAUUCAAGUGCAGGUGGUAUGUGCGACCAUUCGUCGCCGCUACCGAUGGCCACUGAUGGCUCUGUCGGUUGCUGUGGCUUUAGCCACUAUCGCAUUCCGUCUGGCGUGGAUGGUGGAGAAUUGCAUCGCAAUCAUGGAGCUCUCCUACAUGGACACAAUUUGGUGGCUGGAAAGUGCCUGCAACAUCGUCAUCACCGUCAGCGUGUGCUUCUUCUGUGCCGUCUUCGUCACCAAACUUGGCUUUGCCCUUCGCCAGCGCCGUCGACUUGGAGUGCGCGAUUUUGGUCCCAUGAAGAUUAUCUUUGUCUGUGGAUGUCAGACACUGACCAUACCUGCCAUUUUCUCCAUCACCCAAUACUUUGUCGUCUUCCCCGAGUUGUCCUCCAAUCUAUUGACUCUCGUGGCCAUCUCCCUGCCCUUGUCGUCCAUCUGGGCGGGCGCCCAUCUCGACCAAGGUCGACACAGCGAUACCCAGCCCCUACACCGUCGCAAUCUCUGGCGUGGUCUUGCAUUCGGAGUCAACAGCACCACCCUCAACAACACUGCCUCGGAGAAACAUAUGACUUCAUCCGGGAUGACGGCUAGCACUGCUGCUCAGACACUCUGCUACUCGGAUCAGCCUUUGAGCAUGCUCAGCAAGGGAUCGCAUGAUUCCUUGGACCCUCAUGGAAUUUGUGUCGAGCAUGACAUCUCCAUUGACACUGUCCAACGGAAGCAUUCUAUGGUUUGA